AUGCCGAAGCCGCUGGUGCCGCGGUCGUGGCGCCGCGAAGCGAAGGAACGGCUCGCGCCCGACGGCACGGUCGAAAUCGCACUCGACGUCGAUGCGGCACUGGGCGAAGUGGCCGACCUCGUGGCGCAGGGCGUGGAAAGCCUCGCCAUCUGCUUCCUGCACUCCUACGCCAACGCCGCGCACGAGCGCGCGAUCGGCGCGGCCGUCGCGGAGCGCUUCCAGAACCUGUCGAUCUCGCUCUCCUCCGACAUCGCGCCGGAAAUCCGCGAGUAUCCGCGCGCCAGCACGACGGUGGCCAACGCCUAUGUGCGACCGCUGGCAGAGAUCUAUCUCGAACGCUGGAACAGGCGUUGCGCGCCGAGGGAAUUCCCGGCGGUCUGUUCCUCAUGCUGUCCAACGGCGGCCUCACCCAUGUGA